AGUCUGAGUUAUCGGGUUUUGAGUGCUGUAACUCUUCUAGUUUUCGGAGAGAGCAAACAUGGUGAAGUUAGGUUUUGGUAGCUUUGGUGACUCUUUCAGUGUUGGGUCUCUCAAAGCUUAUUUGUCAGAGUUUAUAGCCACCCUUCUUUUCGUUUUUGCAGGCGUCGGCUCCGCCAUUGCUUACGGUAAGCUCACAUCGGAUGCAGCCUUGGAUCCUUCUGGCCUCGUAGCGGUGGCUCUGGCCCACGCCUUUGCACUUUUUGUUGGUGUGUCGAUUGCAGCCAACAUCUCCGGUGGCCAUUUGAAUCCAGCUGUUACGUUUGGAUUGGCCAUCGGAGGCAACAUCACCAUCCUAACUGGCAUUUUCUACUGGAUAUCUCAAUGCCUUGGUUCCAUUGUUGCUUGCCUACUCCUGAAAUUCGUCACUAAUGGCGAGAGCGUCCCAACACAUGGAGUAGCCUCAGGAAUGAAUGCAAUCGAAGGAGUGGUGAUGGAGAUCGUCAUCACAUUUGCACUCGUCUAUACUGUCUAUGCCACGGCUGCUGACCCCAAAAAGGGCUCACUCGGCAUAAUCGCACCUAUUGCAAUUGGGUUCAUUGUUGGGGCAAACAUCUUAGCUGCAGGUCCAUUUUCUGGUGGCUCCAUGAACCCAGCCCGAUCUUUCGGCCCCGCCGUUGUCAGUGGAGACUUCUCUGAAAUUUGGAUCUAUUGGGUCGGCCCACUUAUUGGGGGAGGCUUAGCUGGGCUUGUUUAUGGUGACAUUUUUAUUGGAUGGUAUGCUCCAGUCCCAGCCUCUAGUGAAGACUAUGCAUAAAGACAUCAGAGAUCAGUUCUUCUGUGUUUUGGGGUUUUUAUCUUUCUUGGGAUUGAAGCUUGUGCUUGUCAAUCAGCAUCCAGCCAAAGAAAUGGUUGUAUGUGACAAAUAAAAUAGUGAACAAUGAACCAAA